UGAAAAAUGGUGGCAUAACCUAUAUGUUGUGACACCUAAACAAUACUUAUGUGUGUGGUCUUGACAAAAAGGCCUUUACGUGUGUAAUGAUCUUUACAAAAAUUGAAGUUUUCAAUCUUAAUUACUAAAAAUGUUUUGUUAUGAAUUAUAAUGUUGUAAGUUUAUAAGAUUCAUAAAUAUGGCCAUUUGUGUAGCUGUAAUCGGAAAAGAUAAUUCUCCAAAAUAUAUUAGAUGUGUAGAUGAAUCAUCAGCAUUGCAAUUUCAUUGCAAAGUUCAUACGUCAAUUGAUAUUAUAGAAGAAAAAUUAAAUGUUGGAAAUAAAACUGCUAUUGAUAUACGAGAUUUGUAUUUAAAUUUAUUAUAUGCUACUGAAGAAUAUAAAAUAUAUGGUUAUGCUACUAAUACAAAAAUCAAAUUUAUUAUUGUGUCUCAUUCAUCAAACACGUCUCUGAGAGAUAAUGAUGUAAAAAUGAUUUUUAAGAAAUUGCAUGCGGCUUAUUCUAAUGCUGUAUGCAAUCCAUUUUACAUUCCAGGUGAUCAAUUGAAUUCCAAGUCUUUUGAUUUAGCAGUAAUGGAUAUAAUGGGUAUUAUAUCACCUUUUUAAUAGAUUAUAUUUGAACUUAAUAUAUUAUGAAUAUAUUUCAAAUAGAUAUCAUUAAAUUAUGUAAAAAUUA